AAGGGGUCAGUGGAAGUGGGGGAGGGCGGGUCUGGGGGACAGGCGCUCUGUCCUCGUGUCUGGGGCCCAGGCAGGGUUCUGGGACUCCAGCUGUGACUCUGUGUACCUCAGCUGCCUGUGCUGUCAUCUGUGGUGGCGGAGGGAUUAUAAGCUGUGGUGGGUGUGUGGCCAUAUCUGCACCAUCUGCCAGAGUGUUCUGAGACUGUGGCUGACAUAUUUGAUAACAUGACCUCUGCCCUCAGACCUGGCCUUCCCCACUCCUGCCUUAUUUUUGUCUACAGCCCAUAUCCCCUUUUCUCGUAAUAUAUACUUCAUCUGUUCACCAGGUGUAUUACCCACCUCCCGGAAGGUAAGUCCCUCGAGGCAGGAUUCUUACCUGUGUGUCCAGUGCAGUGUCCCCAGGGCCCUGUGGCACCUGGCCGAGGGCAGGUGCUGAUCAGCACUGUGAAUGGGACCACUUCUGUGAACUCCGUCCCUGGCAUGCCUUCCUCUCUCUCGCUCUCGCUCUCGCUCUCACUAUUUAUUUGAUGCUGAAUUUAUUGUGGGGCCGGAAGCUUUUGUUCCUUCCAUUCCUUCUAGGACAUCUUUUUCUCCUGCUCACCCCUCCUCCACUGCUAUAGGAGCUGCCUGUCCUUUCUCAGCAGGGACCUCUCAGUGCCGCAGGGAGAACUCGUGCGGGUUAACCCGCCGUGAGCUCUGUAUGUUCUGCCCGCAUCUUGGCGGCUUUGUUCACCUGGAUGUGCCCGAUGACCAGAUAAUCUACAUCUGAGCCCUUGCGCUCUGCAUUACUCUGCAUUUUUAAGCACAUGCAGCAAAAAUUCAGCACUCCGUUUUGGCCACCGGCCCCGUGUCCAGCCCCACUGUUUGGCCUGGGCACACCUACCAGCUCCGUCAUUGUAACGACGAAUGGCACACAUUGCUUCUGUAGAGUGAACAUGAAGAUUUGAACCUCUUGAUUUGCAUGAUUUUGUGGGGUUUUCUGGGUCAGCUGAAUAGCAAACCACUUUUGGAGGUCACCUCUAGCUGCUCAGAGGAAGAGUUACGGCGUGUCUUUGUGUCAGUACCGUCCCUGACACUGGGUCUGGGUGACAGCAGGAGACAGAUAGGCUGGCAGUACCCAAGUGGGGGCCGGUGGCAGUGACUGUCUCUGGGGGGUGCCAGCUCAGCUGGUCCGGAAGCGUUGGGGAAGGUAAUGCAGCAAAAGGCUUGUUGCCCAUUGUGGUCAUCCUGGGCCUGGCAUCUGGCCUCCAGGGGUUCUAGGUGCUGGGGAAGGAAAAGGUAGGUGGAGAAUGGGGCCUGACCUGAUGCCACACCCCCCACAACAGGGAGAAGAUGAGCGUGGGCUGCCCAGAGCCCGAGCCACCCCGCGCUCUGCCCUGCUGUGGGCCAGGGACGGCCCUUGGGCUGGGGGCAGGCGUGCCCCUCCUCACUGAAGACAUGCAGGCCCUGACCCUCCGCACCCUGGCUGCUAGCGAUGUCACCAAGCACUACGAACUGGUGCGGGAGCUGGGUAAAGGCACCUAUGGGAAGGUUGACCUGGUGGCCCACAAGGGCACAGGCAUGAAAAUGGCGCUGAAAUUUGUGAACAAGAGCAAAACCAAGCUGAAGAACUUCCUGCGGGAGGUGAGCAUCACCAACAGCCUCUCCUCCAGCCCCUUCAUCAUCAAGGUCUUUGACGUGGUGUUUGAGACCGAGGACUGCUACGUCUUUGCCCAGGAGUAUGCGCCUGCUGGGGACCUGUUCGACAUCAUUCCUCCGCAGGUACUUGGGGCGGUGGCUGAGGGAGGGGAGCCGGUCUCCAGGGCCCCAGAGUGUGGGUUGGGAGGAGUCAGGCCACUCAUUUACUCCAUGAGUAUUUACUGAGCCGCUGCUGGGAGGGCCGGGGGUUCACAGUGAACAAGACCAAGGUCCGGUCCUGGUCCUCAUGGGGGACACGGACACUGGGCAGUGAGCCAGAUGACAGACCGCGAUGAGCACUGGGAGGAGCAGCUAGAGUGAGGGAUGAGGGCCAACAGCGGCCUCUGCAGCUGGGAAGGCCCAGGUGGAGGCACCGACAGGGAGGCCGCAGGGCCGCAGAGGCCCCCGGAGCAGCUGCCGAGUGGGGAAGCAGGAGGGUCCCGGCACCGGCUUUGCUGCUGGCUGUGCCAGGUUUGAAUCUGCUCUGCCGCCUACUGAUCAGUGACUAGGUCAGUGGUUCUCAACCUUCCUAACGCCGCGACCCUUUCAUACAGUUCCUCAUGCUGUGGU